AUGGCUCUGUACGCGAUGGCGAAAUUCCUGCAUUUUACACAAGAAGGAGCAGAGCUGAAGGAAAAGUUUCUGCAGAAUUAAACCCGGGCUGCCAAUCGCAACCUUUGUAUGUGAUCACGAUCCUGUUUACUCAGCUUUAAAUGUAGUUAUAACCUGCGUGAUCGGUGCAGUAGCAGAGAAAGCACAUCUACAUCUUGCUAUCUUUUUAGCUAGGUAGCAUUUGGGAGCUAACCACCGCUAGCAUGCCACAUUUUGCCUUCUCCUGCGCGUAUUUGGGUAGCUAGCGAGUUUUCCGUGAGCGAAGGUGCAGAAAGUAGCUAGUCGGAUCUUGUGGACGUGCCAUUGAGAGAAGAUCUGUGUACCGUCCCCCCCCCUCUCUGCUCUCCGUGUGUCAACAGAGCUGCUGCUGCUACUGUCCCAUCAGGGUUCACUGUAAGCGACGCCAGAGUACCUCUUCAGUGGUGUGAAUGAGGGAAACAUGGCAGACCACACCCCACCUCUGGAGUCCGGCCAGAUCCUCAGCCCUGAACUGCCCAUCCUGGCCUCCCCUCCGCCCCCAGCCAUGGUCAAUGGAGAGGGCCCACAGCAGGUAAUCCUGGUGCAAGUAAACCCAGGCGAAUCCUUCACCAUACGACGAGAAGAUGGUCAGUUCCAGUGUAUCCCAGGUCCUGCUCAGGUUCCCAUGAUGUCUCCAAAUGGUUCAGUGCCUCCAAUCUAUGUGCCUCCUGGAUAUGUUUCACAAAUCAUAGAAGAAAACGGGGUGCGGCGGGUCCUGGUCUUACCUCAGCAGCCAGAGUUCCACCCCGGGGGCCCUUCCCCCCUGCACCAUGCUCCUCCCCCUCCCCACACCCACCUGCCUGCCUUCAUCCCCCACCCUGCUAUGAUGCCCCCCCCUCCACACCUGUACACGGGCAUGGCCGGUGGGGUGGGGGACAUGAGCUCCCAGUACAUCUCCCAGUACAAUCCAGCUCACAUCUACUCAGAGCAGGUCUCUGCAGAUUCCCACACACAACACGGCCGGCCGCCCUUCGUCCACCGAGACGACAGAACCAGUAAAACUUAUGAGCGACUUCAGAAGAAACUCAAAGACCGUCAGGGAGGAGGGGGGCAGCCAGUGAAGGACAGCCCCCCUUCGUCGCCCCACAAGAGCUGCAGCAGCCCCUCCACGCCAGACCUCCACAAUGGGCUUAGCGGGAAGCCAGCUGAGCCCGAGCAGGGAGAGGCCAGCCAUGCGGUGGGCAGCACGGAGACACAGAUAGGCCCAGGCAAAAAUGGAGAUUUGGGAGAGCUGGAUGAAGAGGCUAAGGCUCUGCUGGCUCUUUUAAAUACCAUCUGUAAACCAACAGUGUCUGACAUUCAGGCCAGAGGAGCAGUGGUGAGCUGGAGCGCCCCCACAAAAGCAGAGGGUGAGAACGAUAACGCAGAGGAGCAGCCCAGUCUCCCCGAUGCCCUCAGUUAUGAAGUGUCCAUCUCUGUCAGCGGAAAGGACGGGAAGUACAAGACUGUAUACUGUGGCGAAGAACUAAGUGCAACUUUAGAAGACCUUCGACCAGCAACAGAUUAUCACGUGAGGGUCCAGGCCAUUUGUAACUGUUUACAUGGAAGUGUGUCAGAGGCCGCCAGCUUCACCACGUUAACCUGCAAACCCGAUGCCCCCAACCCUCCGAGAAAAGCCAGCGGGACCAAGAACACUCUGGUGCUGCAGUGGAAGGCUCCAUGUGACAACGGUUCCAAAAUUCAAAACUACAUUCUUCAGUGGGACGAGGGUAAAGGCAGUGGAACGUUUGAGCAGUGCUAUUACGGCCCACAGAAGCAGUACAGAGUCACCAAGCUCUCUCCAGCCUCCAGAUACUCCUUCCGCCUGGCCGCCAAAAACGACAUGGGCGUCAGUGAGUACAGUGAGGCCGUGGACCUGUUCACCUCGUGCAGUGUGCCGCUGCCGCCCCUCCCUCCGGAGCUGGAGAAGGCAGGGGUCACAUGGCUCUGUCUCAAGUGGCAGCGGCCCCAGAGCUCCCCCAAAGAGGAUGACAUCUACUUCAUUCUGGAGAUGGAUGAAGAGGGCUCGGGCUAUGGAUUCCAGCCGAGCUAUGAUGGCGACGAACUGUCCUGCACUGUCAGAAACCUCCACCGCAGCACCAAGUACAAGUUUCGGGUGGCAGCGUACAAUUCUGAGGGAAAGAGCAACCCCAGCCAGGUGGUGGAGUUCAUCACUAAGCCAGAUGCCCCGGGCUGCCCCUCCAGACCGACGAUCAGGGGACGAGUGCAGCCCCACAGCUUUAAAAUGGCCUGGGAACCCCCCAAAGACAAUGGUGGAGCAGAAGUCACGAAGUAUGUGGUGGAGCUGUCUGAAGGUUUAAGUGGUACAUCGUGGGAGCUGGCGUACAGCGGCCCUGCGACAGAGCAUGUGUGUGAGGGCCUGAAGCCAGGCUGCUCCUACCAGAUCCGGGUCUACUGCCUGAGUGAGGGGGGGCAGAGUCAGUUGUCGGAGACCCUGCAGGUCCAGACCCCCGCUGUCCCCCCAGGGCCUUGCCAGCCCCCUCGGCUGGUGGGCAAGCCCAAAGCCAGGGAAGUGCAACUGCGCUGGGCCCCCCCUCAGGUGGACGGAGGCAGCCCUGUGUCCUGCUACAGUGUGGAAGUGAGUGGGCCUGCGUCUGAAGAGAACAGGGAGGUGUACCAGGGCUCUGAGCUGGACUGCUCUGUGGGCGGCCUGCUGCCCGGGAAAACCUACAGCUUCCGGCUGAAAGCGGCCAACAAAGCUGGGUUUGGGCCUCUGUCAGAGCGCUGUGAGAUUACGACUGGCCCCGGGGCCCCUGAACAGUGCAAGGCUCCAUUGACUACCUGCAAGUCCCCCAGCUGUGUGGUGGUGUGUUGGGAGAUGCCCCAGUGUAAUGGCGCUCCUGUCACUGAGUUCCGUCUGGAGUGGGGGGCAGCUGAGGGCACCAUGCAGCUUUGCUACAGCGGCCCAGCACUGAGCCAUGAGAUGAAGGGGCUGCUGCCUGCUACCAACUACUUCUGCAGGGUACAGGCCGUGAACGUGGCUGGAGUGGGGCCCUUCAGUGAGGCCGUGCUGUGCCAGACACCCUGCUCUGUCCCAGCUGCCAUCACCAACAUCUACGCCCUGAAGGACCUGGACCUGCGCCGGUACAACGCUCCAGCAGAGGAAGAGGAGGAGGAGGAAGAGGAAGAGGAGGAAGGCAGGGCACAGACUCAGCCGCCCUUCUACUCCCCGUCCAGCUGCCUGGGGCUGAGCUGGGACCCACCCUGUGAUCACGGCUCAGACAUCACCUCGUAUCUUAUUGAUCUGGGGGAGAGGCAGCCUGUGGUCAUCGGCCCCGUCACCAAACACAUCAUCCAGAAUCUGCAGCCAGACACCAGCUACAGGAUCAGGAUCCAGGCUCUGAACAGUCUGGGAGCAGGGCCCUUCAGUCACACAGUGAAGAUGAAGACCAAGCCACUCCCCCCACAGCCGCCCCGCCUGGAGUGCACCGCAUUCAGUCACCAAACGCUCCGGCUCAAGUGGGGCGAUGGGCCUGCCAAAGCCACACCCUCUGACAGCCUGCAGUACCACCUGCAGAUGGGCGACCGUAGCGGCAGAUUUGUCUCCGUGUACAAAGGCCCCUGUCACACACACAAAGUCCAGCGGCUAAAUGAGUCUACCUCUUACACGUUCCGCAUCCAGGCCUUUAAUGAAGCGGGCGAAGGGCCCUUCUCCACUGUUUACACAUUCAGCACCCCUCGCUCCCCCCCGGCUCCGCUCAAAGCCCCUAAAGUGGAGCGGGUGGAUGACAACUCCUGUGAGGUCACAUGGGAGGCACUGGCACCGAUGAAAGGGGACCCCAUUAUCUACACGCUGCAAUGCAUGAUGGGAAAUUCUGACUACAAACAGGCAUACAAAGGCCCCUCCACGUCAUUCCUGGUGCAGAACCUCCAGCCCAGCAGUGAUUACCGUUUCCGGGUGUGUGCCAUCAGGCAGUGCCAGGACGCUCCGGAGCUGAGCGGGCCCUACAGCCCCACGGUGACCCUGUCACCUCAGAGGAGCGACCCGGCCGGAAGCACCGUGGCCAGCAGCAGAGCAGGCUGCGAAGCGUCCCGCUCCAGACGCUCCCUCACUGACGAGCAGUGCGCCUUCCUCAUCCUCAUGCUGUUCGCCAUCAUUGCCAUCCUCAUCGCCUUCGUCAUCCAGUACUUUGUCAUCAAAUGAGCACUGUCUCUGCUGCAGGGCAAUAGCUUUAUCCUGUCACCCUGUGUGUGUCCUCUUAGGCAUGGGACGGUCUGACAUCCCACUCAAAGGGACUGCUGUGCUGUUUAUUGCACACUAGAGUAGACUGAUGGACAACAACAUGCUUCUUACUGCUUAAUGCUUAUUUAAAUGGCACCUAUUCACCUAUUUUCACCAUCUAAACCUAAAGAGUGUGGUUUGUAUGUUAAGCCCUAGCAACAAGUGCACAUUUGCACAUUUAUCACAGAAACAGCAUUUAGAUUAAUUAUAUUUAUAUGUGGUGAAGUUUUGAGGAUGUCGUGGGCUAAAUGUUGGAAAUGACUGUAAAGACAAAUUGAUCAUAUAACUACAGCAAAUCCUGCUUUUGACCCUUUCAGUACUAGUACACCUUAAAACCGUCCCAUGCCUAUCUGUUUCUACAGUUCAUUUCUGUUAUUCUGCUGCAAUGGGGUGGGGGGGGGCAAGCCAAUCCCCCUGCCCCAAACCUGUGGUAUCUGUUGUUCACUCUCUGUCGCUUCUCAAAGGAACUCAAAGGAGCAGGGUUUUUGUCCCGGUCGGAGGAUGUGCAUACGGGCGCUUUACGACUUAAUUGUUGCGACAGUAUAUAUAUGUGUAUAGAAAUAGUCCUUAUUUAUAUUUCCAUGUACGUGUCCAGUAUGAAAUGUUUUUUGAUAGCUGUGUGUUCCUUCGGUAGUUUGUGGGUGUGGCCGUAGCCUUCGUGCUGUCCCGGGACGUGGAGGGCCAGUGUUUGCACAGAAGAGGCAGAGUCUAAAAGCUGGAUUUAAAAUGAAGGGACUAUGUAACCCCUCCCCCCACUGGAGUUUUAAGGGGUCGUUCGCGAAAAACAGGACGAAGAAACACGACAUAUUCUAGACCGUUCAUUUAGCACUUUCCAAACCUUUUUGAUGUUCAGAAUGUUUAAGGAUGCAAAAAUGACUGGAGAUAUGUUAGUAUAUUUUUGUACAGUGAAGACACAAGGACCUGUAUGGAAAAAAAUGCUCAGUUUAAAGUAAAAAAAAAAAAGAACCAAACUAACGGUGAAUCCUAAUUAUUUUUACUAUCAUAGUUAAAACUGUAGCUUGUUUUUACAAUCAUGCAGCUGCUUAACUCUGAAAUCUUAUUCAGCACAAAAAAUGUAUGCUUAUCUGUAUGUUUUGACGUUUCCCUUGGGUCUUUUUUUGUUUCGUUUCCCCAGUAAUUAUUAAUUUUGCACCUUAGUGAAAGAAGAAACCUCGACUGAGCGCGUCUAGGUAUUGUGAUGCAUUUUAUAGAACACACUUUAAGAUUGUGCAAGCCCUAUUUUUGUGUUUUUGGGUAUUUUAAAAGUUGUAGUACCACGUGAUGUCGCUGAAACGGCUGAAUUAAAAAAUAAUAUUAAAAACAGAAAAAGAAAAAGACGGUUGUUUCAGAGGCCUUAAAUUGGAGAGGAGAAAAAUGGGGGGGGAUUUUCAUUAUUUUUGUUUUUUUUAGUGAUAGAAAACUCUACAAUGUGUUUUUCCCUUUUAUUUCUGUAACAUUUAUUUGAUGUUAGUAUGUAAAUGUGAGAGACAAAGUAGUUCUAUGUAUUGCCUAUGAUUUCUGUUAAUUUCUUUUGUCAGGUCAUACAUGUGUGAAGUAUAUUUUUUUAUGAUAUUGAAGUAAUAUAAGUUAAUCCUCUCCUCAGUACUCAUCGUCAUGGAAACGGCAGAUACGUGUUGGAUCAUGUACUUCCUGUGAAUCAGAAUUUGCCUUUUUGUGUGUGAAGUAUUUGUAACAGAUUGCUAACGCUGCAUCGUGGCUAGUGAUCUGCCUGUAGGGUCUGUAGUGUUGUUGGGUGUGGGCAGAACGCUGCUGUCAAACCAUCAGAGUGAAACAGGUACCUGGCUAAACAUACGUAAACAAUUACAUGAUUUGGUCUUUUGAGGCAUUCUGCAAAUGUCUUCUUUUUGUCAUUUAAAGAAGUCAAAUUCCUAUUUUUGAUAGCGAUUGCAACUUGUGCCAUUUUAACACCCCCUUCCCAGGGCUUAUAGUGCCUGUGGUCGGGGAGAUUAACAAAAUGCUACAAAAAUGAGUAAAAUAUGCACAAAAAUAGAGACCAUUUUUAUGUAAUUUUAAUGUUUGCAGUUACCUCAUACACCGUACAUUCCAAUAUCAAAGUUUCUUAUACUAUACAUACUACCAGACAUAUCACUUUAAAAUGUGCGUUAUGGGAAAUGUAUAAUCAUAGAUAUGUAUCUAAAGUGUAUCUGUAUAGCCAUGAUAUCUACAAAGGAUCCAUGCACAAUAAAAGAUUUAUAAUUCUU